AGGUGCAGGAUUCUCCACACAGAUGAAUGGAUUUCUCUGCAAGCACAGAUGCUCUGGGACUUUCUACUUCUACUUUUUAAGUACGUGCGAAUCCUAGGUAGUCUGUGUAGCUUUUCUGACUUUUAAGGGAGUUUGUUGACAAGAUAUUUGUCUUUGGAGCUGAAAAGUCUUACUGGGAUCAAUAUGAAGAAUGUGCAGUUUUCAGGUGUGGAUUACCACUUAAGAUAAAAGAGAAAUACCUUCAGCAUGGAGCCAUUCUUAGCAGUCGACAACUGAAGCAAACAGACUUUUUUGCAAUGUCUACGCUGAUAUUUGUGCAGGUUCUUCUCCUGGGGUUAAAGGUCACUGAAGCCACCACUGACACAUGGAGACAGUGUGCAGAUUUGGUUCCCCUGGACCUUCUCUCUUUUGUCCUGGAGAGGGACACCUCCAGACUGGCACCAGGGGUGCACAUGGAGGAGGCCGGGGGGCUGAGGGGCGUUCAUUUCUCAAGCCCCGACUCCUCCGUGAGCUUUCCUUCCUCUCAGCUGCUGGUGAACUGUGACCUUUUUCCCAAAGAAUUCUCCAUGGUUCUGACAUUAAGAGUCACUCGCAAUGCAGCCAAGAGAAAUGAAUACAUCUUUUCCUUGAUGGAGCCAAGAAAUGUACAGAAAAGAGCAGUGAAUGAGAGGGAAGAGGACAGAGGGGCUACUUUGGAAAGGAAUAAAGAGCAGAGUAUCAUCGGAGAAGAACAACAGAGGGAGAAGAAGCAAGUCAAGGGUGAUGAGCAACAUGGACGAAUCAUUCUCGGACUAAAGUUGUCAGAAAAGCGUCUGCAUUUUGUUUUCAAAGGUCACGCAGGGGUUAUAAAGCACUGGGUGUUUCGAGGCAUCCAGCUGGCCGAUAACCAAUGGCACACCCUUGUUUUAGCUGUUGGUAGUCAUCACGUGAGGCUCACCGUGGACUGCAACUCCCCACUGGAAAUCAUUCCUUCCGGGCCUUUCCCUUCAGACCUCAACAUUCAGGGAUCCAGAUUCCACAUUGGCAGUCGAGGAAGAUGGAAAGGCUUGUUUUCAGGUUUGCUUAGACAGCUGGUUCUGGUGCCUGGUUCGGACGCCACCCAUCAAAUCUGCCCAUCCUCUGACCCCCACAUAGCAGCUCUGUCAGUACCACCGCGUCUCUUAGACCUGCCCGUAGUACGGAGUUCGAGUCAUAGACAUGGAGCUUCCUAUGACACAGAGGAGCGAGUGUCGGUGGGGUUGGAGAGGCCGUGCGCCGAGCUGCAUCAAGGCCAGCUGUGGUUUAAUCCGCUGAAAAAGGGCCUCUACCUGUGUGACGGCACAACGUGGAUCACCGUGUUAGAGGAUCAUAAAAGGCUGGACUAUGUGCUGGAACACCAGGUGCUCACCACCAGCUCAGAGACACAUGAUGUAGAGAUAUUCCAGGUACCUGGUGUCGGUCUGAUGGCAGCUAUGGCUCACCGGUCAACGGCCUUCGGUUCUGCUGUCUAUCUGUGGACCAAGAAAGGUUUCCAGCUCUACCAGAACAUCAGCACAUAUGGAGCGCUUGCUUGGAGACACUUCACUGUGGGCAAGAAGAUAUUCCUGGUAGUGUCUAACUCCGAAGGAGCGCCCGACAGCCGACUCAGCAGUGACUCAGAUUAUUCUGUAAUUUACAAGUGGAGCAAAAGAAGAAAACAGUUUGUGCAGUUCCAGACUCUAAAGACCCACUGUGCUCGAGACUGGGAGGCAUUUAGCAUCCAUCGACAUACUUACCUUGCUGUGGCCAAUCACAGGCAAGGUAACAAUAAUCAUACUAUCAACAGCGUGAUAUACAAGUGGAAUGGAUUAGCAAAGUCUUUUGAGGUCCAUCAGUUGCUGCCGACUUCAGGGGCCUACGACUGGGAGUUCUUCAUGGUUGGGCCAUACCAUUUUCUGGUGGUCGCAAAUGCAUUUGACGGAGUGACCACUUCUGUAGACUCUGUCAUCUACGUUUGGAUCAAUGGAAGCUUCCAGGUGUUCCAGACAAUUAAGACAUUCUGCGCCACAGACUGGGAAAUGUUCCAGAUUGGCAGCAGGGUCUUCUUGGUGGUUGCCAAUGGACACAGACUCCAUGGUAACGGACCGAGUCAGUACACCAUCAACUCCACCAUCUACGAACUGGACAUUGGUGGGCAACUGUUUGUCCGCUUCCAGGAUAUUGUCACCUACAGUGCAGUCGAUUGGGAGUUCUUCAGCCUCGGGGAGGAAUAUUUUCUAGUGGUUGCUAAUUCUUUUAACGGAGAAUCCUACUCUCUCAACAGCAUUCUUUACAGGUGGCAGGGAUAUGAAGGAUUUGUUCCUAUUCAUUGGCUCCCAACAAUUGGGUGCAGUGACUGGGAGUUUUUCAGCUCUAAAGGAGAGUCCUAUCUGAUCUACUCUAGCGCCAAAGCACCUCUCUCCAAAGUGUUCAUGCUUAAAACCUACUAGACAAAAAGAAAAGUGUGCACUUGGCUUUGUGUGCUAUAUUUGUAUGUUUGUGUACAUGCAUGUGUUUAUUUGUCAGUGUAAGUGUGUUGCUGUGUGCAUUUUUUUACAACCUUGCAGUGCAGAAAAGGUUUUGAAGCCAUCAUGUAGCAAGAAAUUUACAAAAUUCUAAUUCAACAACUACACAAAAUAAUGAAAAGAGAAAUAUUAUUAAAAUGUUAGCUACUCAGAAAUCUCCUAGAGGCUUUAGCUGGAGGAAUUUAGCACAGUGACUUCCCAUAUAGUGCUACUUUAACAACUGAUGUACCUCAUUUUAACACAAAUGUGAUGUAGACAAGAGAAAUAUGUCUGUUUGUGUGAAUGAAUACAACUCUAGCUUCCUCGAAAUAUUUUCUUUAAGAGUAUCUAAUGUUGAAAAAUGGAACAUUUUGUUUACUAACUGGAAUGUGUGUUCUCAUAGAAAAUAGGACUGAUUGUUACAUUUUGCCUCUGACUGCAUUUAUUAUACAUAAAAAGUGACAGUAAAUUAUUGAAAUUUAAAUAAACUAUGCUUAAUAUUGUGGCA